ACUUGCCGGCGCUCAUGGCGUCACCGGGGACUUGCAGGGCGCGGCGCGUGUCUCUCUGGCGACGCCAACAAGGAACAUCUCGUGGUGGAACACCGAGAUCAUGAAAAAUGUGAGGCUUGGGGAUAUCGCUCAGGCUGCAAGGAUUUUCAGGGAGAUGCCUGAGAGGGAUGCUGUGUCCUGGAACUCCAUGAUUGGGGGCUAUGCAAAGCUCCGGAUGUAUGACCGGGCAUUAGAUGUUUUCCGAGAGAUGCAGGAGAAUGGUGUGGAACCAACAGAGCUGACGGUUGUGUCAGUGCUUGGGGCUUGUGCAGAGAUGGGAGAGCUAGAGCUAGGGAGGCAAAUCCACAAUUUCCUUGAGAGUAAGGGCAUUGCAGCCGAUGGAUAUGUUGGCAAUGCACUCAUCGAUAUGUAUGCGAAAUGUGGUGACUUGUAGCUUGCCUGACAGGUCUUCGACAGCAUGUCAAUCAGGGAUCUUACAUGCUGGAACGCGAUGAUUGUUGGGUUGUCAGUCCAUGGCCAAUCGCUGGAUGCCCUGAGGCUGUUUGAUUCUAUGAAGGUUGAGCCUGACCAUAUCACCUUUGUUGGUGUUCUGACUGCUUGCAGCCGUAGUGGCCUGGUGUACGAAGACUAUAAAAUUGUGCCCGGUGUGAAACAUUAUGGCUGUAUGAUAGAUAUGCUCUGCCGCCAUGGAAAAGUGCAUGAAGCUUAUCAAAUGAUCAAGGAUAUGCCGAUCAAGGCGAAUUCCGUGCUUUGGAAGAUGGUCAUGGCUGCAUGCAGAGUGCACGGGCAGUCUGACCUUGGUAGCAAAGCUUUUUGCGAGCUGCGGCAGUUGGUGCCAAUCGAUGAUGGGGAUGCUAUCACAGUGUCAAAUGUUUAUGCAGAAGCAGAGCGAUGGGAUGAUGUUGAACAUCUGAGAAGGAAGGUGAUAGGAUGCAAUGUGUCAAAGCAUGCUGCAUGGAGUCAAGUUCAUGUAAGAUAGCCAGCCAAAUUUAUUAAUAACUGUUGCGCAAACUGCACGGUGUUGUGAUCAGAUUCAAUAUAAUUGCAGGAGCCUCUUGCAUUGGGUUUUGUUGCCGGAAGAUUGUAGCUCAUCAAUUUGUACUGCUACUAGUAAAAUGGUAAGAAUGGGGCAUCUGAAUUAAUGCUUGACUUCAUUCCACCAACGCUCGUCAUCAAACAAUAGAUGGGUGGGCACUAGUACGUACUAGUAGUGUACGCAAAAGAUGGAAAAUAAUGGAGCGAAAGUAACAUGGGUCUUGGAAGCAUGUGUAGAAUGGUAUGUUCUGAAAACAAACUCAGAAAGCUGUGAUGAUACGUACUGGUAUCUUCGUUGUUGAUGCAUCCAAUCCGUGUGUAUCUUCUUGCAUCGAUGUGUCUGGCAGGAUGCAGAUGCGUAGGUACGUGUUUCUCCUCUCACUCCCAACUCCCUAUAUAUAUAAACCCUCACUCGCAGUCGCAGCACCCCACCACCAUUACUGAAAACCACUCCAGCGAUCGACUGAUCGAGUUGCAGGCAGGCAGUUGCAAAUAUAUAUGGCUCGCCCUGCAGUAGUAGGCCAGCAGCUGGUGGCGCUGCUGCUGCUGCUGCUGAUGGCGGCGCCGUCGGUGACCAACGCCGGCGUGACGUGCGGGCAGGUGCUGAAUUACUUGACCCCGUGCAUCAGCUACGCCAUGGGGCGGGGCAGCGAGCCCCCGGCGGCCUGCUGCUCCGGCGUGAGCAACCUGAACGCGGCCGCCAACAACACCGCCGACCGGCAGGCCACCUGCAAGUGCCUGAAGCAGAUCACCAGCACCAUGCCGGCGCUCAAGCCCGACAUCGUCGCCGGCAUCCCCAGCAAGUGCGGCGUCGACAUCCCAUACCCAAUCGCACGCUCAACAGACUGCUCCAAGAUUAACUGAGAAGAAGGAUGGAUGGCUAUGAUGCCGGCCAAUAUAUAUAGCAGAGAGCAGUCGUUUAAUUUACUACCUCUCCAUUUUACAUUUUUACACCACCACCGUACCACCUGUGCACGUCGUCGUCGUGUAUGUAACAACAAUAAUCCUCUCUCUGCUUAUGGGUUUGCUGGGUCUCUGUUUUCAUGUAUGUACUACUACCAUGCUGCUGCUGCUUUGUUAUAGGCAGGCAGCACUCUGCUGAACCAAUAAACUUUUUGUAUACAUACAUGUA